GUUGCUAGUUGAGACAAAAGUACUUGCUAAAGAAGCGAACUAAGAGUCCAGAGUCUUUGUGGCAAAUAUGCCAGCUUGGGUGGUGAAGUCGAGGGUUGAAUUUUUGGGGAGGGAAUGGAACUUUGUGGAUAUAGGCUCAAUCGUUUUCCUUUCCACUUUGCAUGUCCUUGUUCUUUUGGCGCCAUUUCAUUUCAACUGGAGGGCAUUUUGGUUGGCCGUGGCACUCUAUUAUCUCACAGGCCUAGGUGUCACUCUAUCUUACCAUAGGCAACUUUCCCACCGGAGUUUUAAGCUUCCCAAAUGGCUUGAAUAUUUCUUUGCCUAUUGCGGUGUAUUGUCAGUUCAAGGAAGUCCAAUUGAAUGGGCUAGCACACACAGGAACCACCACCAGUUUACUGACACGUGGGACGACCCUCAUAGCCCCAUCAAAGGAUUGUGGUUUAGUCACAUUGGUUGGCUCUUCGAUUAUCAUUCUCGAUUUGGAAGUUAUGAAGGACGGCUAAAGAAUGUUGAUGAUUUAAAAAGGCAGAAGUUCUAUAGGUUUCUUCAUGUCACGUACCCGCUUCACUCAAUAGCUUUUGGAGUUUUACUAUAUGCCCUAGGAGGAAUGCCCUUUUUAGCUUGGGGAUUGGGUGUGAGGGCGGCAUUAUUUGCCCAUGCUACUUUUGCACUAAAUUCAAUUUGCCAUAGAUGGGGCAAGAAAGUCUGGGAUACUGGUGAUAUGUCUAGAAACAACUGGGUAUUUGGAUUGCUCACACAUGGAGAAGGUUGGCACAAUAACCACCAUGCUUUUCAAUACUCAGCUCGGCAUGGCUUCGAAUGGUGGGAAGUUGAUGUUACUUGGUAUGUAAUAAGAUUUCUUGAAAUUGUUGGUUUGGCAACAGAUGUGAAAAUCCCAAGUGAGACUCAGAAGAAACGAAAAGCUUUAUCCAACAAACUCAACGAGGAAAAGCUUGAAACACAAGUGAACAACACAAAGCUUGAAGCCCAAGCCAAAAAUGAAUGACGGAAGCUCAAACUUCUGCUCCAAACAUUUUACUAUUCUUUUUAAGAAAGCUUCAAUUCCUAUGUGCUUUCAUCUAAUCAUAAAUAACAAAUAUUAUACGUAUACGAUUCUAUGGCCCAUCGUAUG